AUGGAUUUCACUACCCUUGCACCCGUCCUGGUCGGCGCAUCCUUACAUAACCAAGCCACUGCAUCUAGAAAUGUCUACAUGUGUCCUGGGCCAAAUUGGACCGACCCGUGCUCCCUCUUCUCCUUCAACAUCGGCGAAUGCCUAAAUAUCGAAUUCUGGGAUACGCUCGGUUCCAUCGGUCCUGAUCCUGAUCUGGUCUGCUACUUGUGGAUCGAGUCCGGUAAUUGCGUCAAUACAGUUGGAAACAUUGACUCGGGUGGAAUCGUGGAUCCCGGUAUUGCUGGUUUGCAGACUUGGGAUGAUGGGGAGACGGGGAAGCCGGCGGGAUAUUGGUUUAAUGAGGCGAAGUCUAAUGUUCCUGGGCCAUAA